GCAAGGUAUAAAGUGACCCAACGCCUUGGGUGUGUUCUUGCUGAACAGACUGCAGCAAAACUUUUUCUCAAUAAUGGAUCCGGUCAUGUCAAAAGAAGCCCAGGAUACGGAGGUCGACACCUCCAAGGUCUACCCCGAAGGAGGCCUCAACGCCAACCUGGUCGUUCUCGGCAGUUUCAGCGCUAUCACCGGUGGCCUGGGCCUCAUGAACAGCAUCGGUAUUUACCAAGCAUGGAUAUCAACGCACCAGCUCGAAUCCCUAAGUGAGGGCCAAAUAGGCUGGAUCUUCGGACUGUACAACUUCAUGGUAUUCUUCUGCGGCAUCCAGAUUGGCCCCGUGUUCGACGCCAAAGGACCCCGUUUACUGAUGUGGACAGGAUCCGCGCUCCUCAUUCUCACCUUCAUCCUGUUGGGUUUCUGCAGCAAAUACUGGCAUUUUAUCGUGGUGAUGGGUAUUGUCGGAGGCAUGGGGACAUCGUUCAUCUUCAUCGUCCCUGUCGCGAGUGUCGGCCACUUCUUCCUGCGCCGGAGAGGAGCUGCCACUGGUUUGGCAAUGUGCGGCGGUAGCGUUGGCGGCGUCAUCUUUCCUCUCGUUCUGGAAAACCUAUCGCCCCGCCUCGGAUUCGCCUGGGCCACUCGCGUCGUGGGCCUGAUCACCUUGGUGUUGCUGAUUCCUGGCUGCAUUUUGGUGAAAGGCCGGCUACCACCUAAACCGGCCACAUCGGCCAAGGUCCUUCUUCCAGAUCUGACCAUCCUCAAGGAUCCCCUGCUCGCCUUGACGACAGCCGGCGUCUUCUUCAUCGAAUGGGGCUUCUUUGUUCCUCUCGAGUAUAUUGCCUCUUAUUCCCUCGCCAACGGCAUCUCGCACAAACUCGCAUACCUGAUGGUCGUUUUUCUCAACGCGGGCUCGUUCCCAGGUCGUUGGCUUCCGGGAAUUGUCGCCGAUAAGAUCGGUCGCUUUAACACGUUGAUCAUCACCAAUAUUCUUUGUCUCGUUGCCAUCCUAGGUAUCUGGAUGCCCGCAAACGGAAACAUUGUCGCUGUCGUGAUCUUCUCCGUCGUGUUUGGUUUUGCUAGCGGGAGUAAUCUCAGUCUCGUGCCGGUUUGUGUGGGCGAAUUGUGUCCGACGGAGGAGUAUGGGCGGUUUUAUACUACCGUGUAUACGAUAGUCAGUCUGGGAGCUUUAACAGGCGUUCCGAUCGCAGGAGAAAUUAUCAACAAGAGCAAGGGCGAAUACUUCGGUUUGAUUGCAUUUGCAGGAGGGACUUAUGCAGCUGGGCUGGUGUGUUUUGUUGCGGUGAAGAUAUUGCAGGCUAAACGCGUUAAGAAGGUGGAGUAUGAAGAAUCGUGA